AUGACAAACAAUAAUAGUAAUACUUAUUAUCAAAAUACUUCACCUUUAAAUAACAUCUCCUAUAUAACACCACCUUCUUCAUCUUCAACAAAUUCAUCAUUAUCAAGUUCAUUAGGAUCAAACUUAUCUGAUGGGAUAUUACUGCAACAACUUCAACAACAACAAUCAAACAAUCUAUCAAACAAUUACAGUUUCAAUUAUUCAUCAUCUUCAUUAAGAUAUUAUGCAAGUAAAUCAUUUGAAGAUGAUGAUUUAUUUUUACCACAAAUUAAAAAUCAUUCAACAACAAGUUCAAAAUUUAAUCCUUAUUCAUCAAAAACAUUUUCACCAAGUGAACAUCAUCAAAAUUUAAAUAAUAGUACUUCAGGAUCUCAUCAUAUUGAAACUUCACCAAGAGUUACAACUCCAAGAAUUAAAAAACCUUUAGAAAUUAUAAAUCCUCAUACAAAAUUAAGAAUUGGAUCACCAAGGUAG